AUGUGCUAUGCCAUCAACUCUGUGGCUAUCGUCGGUGACGACGUGGUGGAGAAGCACAGUGUCAACGAUGCGACCCGUGAUUUCCUAAGAAAGGCACAGCAGAAGCGAAGAGCGACCAUUGUUGGUCCGGGGUCUGCCAUACCUGCUGGAUCAUUUGAGCACGGUCAGCUGGGGUUAUUAUAUGCCGAAGUCAACACGGAUAGCCUCAUCAAGGGAAAUCACGCCCUUGACUACGCCGGCCAUUACAACCGCCAUGAGUUGUUUGCUCAUCAUUUCAAGCGCUCCUUUGACUAG